UUUAUAUAUAUAUAAUUUUUACUUUACCUUUUCCCUUCUACAAAAUCAGUCUUUUAUCUUCUUCUUCUUUCUUGUGCCUGGCUAAUAGCUACCUGCAGCUUCAUGGCUGUUUCACCCACAAGCUCUUCUAGCUUGGAGUUGACCAUUUCCAUGCCUGGUUUUGCUUCAUCCCCGUCUCUUCCUUCGUCUGGUGAAGGGGGCUGUGCAGUGAGAGAUUUGGACAUAAACCAAGUACCCUCAGGAGCAGAAGAAGAAUGGAUCACUGGUGGUAUGGAUGAUGAAGAAGAAAGCACGAAUGGAGCCCCUCCUCGCAAAAAGCUCCGUCUAUCCAAGGAACAGUCUCGUCUUCUUGAAGAAAGUUUCAGGCAACAUCACACCUUAAACCCAAGGCAGAAAGAGGCAUUAGCUAUGCAGUUAAAGCUCAGGCCAAGACAAGUUGAGGUGUGGUUUCAAAACCGUAGGGCCAGGAGCAAGCUUAAGCAGACAGAGAUGGAGUGCGAGUACUUGAAGAGGUGGUUUGGUUCGCUAACAGAGCAGAACAGAAGGCUACAAAGGGAAGUAGAGGAGCUCAGGGCUAUGAAAGUGGGCCCUCCAACUGUGAUAUCGCCUCACAGUUGUGAACCUCUCCCAGCAUCCACUCUCACUAUGUGCCCACGCUGCGAACGUGUCACCACCACCACCGCUGCACUGGAAAAAGGCCCCAUCAAAACCACCGCCACUGUGGCCACCGUUGCUACAGCUACAGCUACAGCCACAGCCGCCACCUUGUCUUCUAAAGUUGGAACACCAGCCCUUCAAUCUCGUCAAUCUUCCGCAGCUUGUUAGUUUCUGGUCUAAUCAAAUGAUUAAUUUACUUGGAAAGAAUGAAAAUAGGUCAAGUGGGAAUGUUCAUAGUAGUUUACGCCCAAGAAAAAAAACAAAUGUAUGCAUGCAUGGGACAGAUACAGUAUACUCGUAUCUAUAUGGUACCUAAUCUACAUAUGGAUAAUCACCUUUCUUUUUAAUAAUUCAAUUAUUUUAUUGCUUGAGCUAUGCA